CAGCAAGACGCUCAGCAUCUCUUAACCAGACAAUGGACAAGCUUCACUACUAGCACCCGUGUAGUUUGAAUCUAGAGAGGACUGUGUAUGUGGAGCGGUGGACUCGGAGUCAACGAGCUCCUGUCCUAAGUUAGCUGUGGGGACGAAGCACCAGUCAGCUCGCAGCCUGACCAGAGUCUAAGAUGCCCUAGGCCGGGAGAAGGGAAAUGUAAAUGGCUUCCAAAGUGAAAGAUGCUGUGGUGUGGUACCAGAAAAAGAUUGGCGCCUACGAUCAACAAAUAUGGGAGAAAUCUGUGGAGCAGAGAGAAAUAAAGGGCUUGAGGAACAAGCCGAAGAAGACGGGACAUGUCAAGCCAGACCUCAUUGAUGUGGACUUGGUUAGAGGUUCAGCGUUUGCAAAGGCCAAACCAGAGAGUCCAUGGACGUCGCUGACCAGGAAAGGCAUCGUCAGGGUUGUUUUUUUCCCUUUCUUCUAUCGAUGGUGGAUCCAGGUCACCUCCAGAGCCAUUUUCCUCUUAUUGCUGGCUCUCUAUCUGCUGCAAGUGGCAGCAGCAGUCUUGUAUGUGACUAUCCCACAGCCUCAUGGGAUACCGGCCACCGAGGUGUUCGGAGCCAUCUGGCUCAUGCUGCUGCUGGGCACCGUCCACUGUCAGAUCGUCUCCACCAGGACCCCGAAACCUGCCUCCAGCAGCGGGGGGAAGAGACGCAGGAAGUUGAGGAAGGCAUCUCAGAUGGAGGUGCAUAGGGAAGGCGACGGGUCUAGCACUACCGAUAACACACAGGAGGGGGCGCCACACUCCCACUCAGCCAGCACCACAUACAGCCUGGGCGCUUUGUUCCAAGAUUUCUGGCAUGAUAUCUGUAAAGCUGGAUCCAAGAAGUCCAAGCUGUCCAUCGACAAGUCGACAGAGACAGACAACGGCUACGUGUCACUUGACGGCCGGGUGACCAAUCGCAGCAGCGAGGAGGGGCUCCAGAUCCACGAGCAGCGAUGUGAUACGUUAAACAGAGCGGACGAGGUGUGCUGGAACUCGCACGUCCAGUCAACGCAAACUCACACGCCACGCAGCACGGGACUGAUGCUGGCCAGCGGCAACAAGGAGCCAGCGUCAGAUGAGGCGUCCAGUGAGGAGGACCCUGAAGCGUCCUACAGCGCCCUCCGCAGGGGAGUAGAGAGAAUGAACAGUGACUGUACGCUCCGAAACCGCAAGAAUACACAUCACUACAAGAAACACUAUGCUGUGGAGGACGUUCCAAAGUCCGGCACCAGCUGUAGCUCCAGAUGUUCCAGUCUGAGAACUCAGGACUCAGAGAGCACCCGACACGAGUCUGAGACUGAAGACCUGCUUUGGGAAGACUUCCUGCACUGUGCUGAGUGCAGAUCGUCCUGCACCUCAGAGACAGAGGGAGAAGGAGGAGGUACACCUGUCUGUCCUCCAGCUAAAAAAGAAUACAGAGAUGACCCUUUUCAUCAGGGUCACGUUCCCUGGCUGCACAGCUCCAACCCCGGCCUGGAGAGAGUGAGCGCCAUCGUGUGGGAAGGAAACGAGUGCAAGAAGGCCGACAUGUCCGUCCUGGAGAUCAGCGGCAUGAUCAUGAACCGAGUGAAUCUCUACACUCCAGGUAUUGGUUACCAGGUGUUUGGGAACCUGGUUUCUGUGACCCUCGGCCUCACGCCCUUUGCUUACAGGCUGGCUCAGUACCGCGACUUGGAUCAGCUGACCACACUGUCAGCCAAUGAACUGCUGUCCGUGGCGCUGGGGGGCGGGUCCGGAUCAGAUGCCAUGGUCCUCACCAUGGUAACACUGAGCUUUUUGGUGCGCGUUUGCCUCAUAUGGCUCUUCUUCUUCCUGCUCAGUGUAGCAGAGAGGACAUACAAACAGAGGCUACUGUUUGCCAAACUGUUUGGUCACCUGACUUCGGCCCGCAGAGCCAGGAAGUCCGAGGUUCCCCAUUUUAGACUGAAGAAAGUUCAGAACAUCAAGAUGUGGCUGUCGCUACGCUCCUACCUCAAGAGACGGGGUCCUCAGCGGUCAGUGGAUGUGAUCGUGUCCUCUGCCUUCCUCCUCACUUUAUCUGUCGUCUUCAUCUGCUGCGCUCAGUUGCUCCACGUCCAUGAAACAUUCCUGGAGUGUCACUAUAACUGGGAGCUGGUGAUCUGGUGCUCCAGUCUGUCUCUGUUCCUGCUCAGGUUCGUCACUCUGGGCUCUGAGACUAGCAAGAAGUACAGCAACACUUCCAUACUGCUCACAGAACAGAUCAACCUCUAUCUGAAGAUGGAAAAGAAGCCCAACAAGAAAGAGGAGCUGACACUGGUCAACAACGUUCUAAAACUGGCUACCAAACUACUCAAGGAGUUAGACACUCCCUUCAGGCUGUACGGUUUGACUAUGAACCCUCUGCUCUACAACAUCACCCAGGUGGUCAUCUUGUCCGCCGUGUCGGGAGUCAUAUCUGACCUGUUAGGAUUUAACCUGAAGCUCUGGAAGAUCAAAUCGUGACAAUGAACCAUAAAGACAGCGUUGACGCUUCACUCUCACUGACUGAAAGACUGAACGUCGGUCUCGACAUAUCAGAGUGCUUUGACCUUCAACGUUCCCACUUUGUGCAAUUCACAAACUAUUUAUUUACCCACUCAGUGUUUUACUAGGUUUUAUUGGAAUUCUAGUUUGUUUCAUAUUGUGUUUUACAACACAAAACAAUGCUCUAUUUUACCUGUCAACAAAAAGUGUUAGUAUUAUUAUUAUUAUAUAAAGCAUAAAUUAUUAUUAUUAUCAUUAUUAUUAUUGUGAUGGGUUAGGUUCUCAGCUGUGUUUGCAACAGUUCAGUUUUCAUUUCAGCUCAUCAGAUAUUUGAAGGCAAGUUAAGAUGAGCUGCGAUAAUAAGCUGCCGACAGGGCAAAAAUCAUUUUUGUGUAACUUUUGUGUUUUUAU